AGGCCUCGGCGAGCGGAGGGGCCGGCGGCGGCGGCGGCGCGGGGAAGCGCUGGUACUUCAGCCGGGAGCAGCUGGAGCGCAGCCCGUCCCGGCGCGCCGGGCUCGACCCCGACAAGGAGCUCUCGAACCGGCAGCAGGCGGCCAACCUGCUCCAGGACAUGGGCCAGCGCCUCAACGUCUCGCAGCUGACCAUCAACACCGCCAUCGUGUACAUGCACCGCUUCUACAUGGUCCAGUCCUUCACCCAGUUUCAUCGCAAUUCUGUGGCACCAGCAGCCCUGUUCUUGGCAGCCAAGGUGGAGGAACAGCCUCGGAAGCUGGAGCAUGUAAUCAAGGUAGCGCAUGCAUGCCUGCAUCCUCAGGACACCCUUCCAGACACUAGAAGUGAGGCUUACCUGCAGCAAGCUCAAGACCUGGUCAUUCUAGAGAGCAUUAUACUGCAGACCCUGGGGUUCGAGAUCACUAUUGAUCACCCCCAUACGCACGUGGUGAAGUGCACGCAGCUUGUGCGAGCCAGCAAGGAUUUGGCACAAACUUCCUACUUCAUGGCGACCAACAGCCUGCACCUGACCACCUUCAGCCUGCAGUACACCCCUCCCGUUGUGGCCUGCGUCUGUAUCCACCUGGCUUGUAAGUGGUCCAACUGGGAGAUCCCAGUCUCCACGGACGGGAAGCACUGGUGGGAAUACGUUGAUGGCACUGUAACUCUGGAGCUCUUAGACGAGCUGACUCAUGAAUUCCUGCAGAUUCUUGAGAAAACUCCCAACCGGCUCAAACGCAUCCGCAACUGGCGGGCCUCCCAAGCAGCCAAGAAAUCCAAAGCAGAUGACCAAGGAGAAGACGAGUGCCUCUCAGAGCAAACUAUUCUCAGCAUGAUCUCCAGGAACAAUUCCGACAUGAACAUUGCAGGCUUAAUGAGUAUGUCAACUUCCUCGACUGCAGGAGCCGGGCCUCCCCUCCCAGAUGCAGAGGACUCUCCCAGUGACCUGAGCAGUAUGGAUAUGUUUCAGCCAGAGCACUGGAUGUCCCACCAUCCUCCACACAAGCUAGAGGCUGGCCAGGUUCACAGGACUAACGAAAGCUCAGCAGCCCCUGAACAGGAUGGCGCGGCUUACCAGAAGCAGGGCGGCAAGAGCGCGCCGUCGGCAAAGGUGUCGCUGAAAGAGUACCGCGCCAAGCACGCCGAAGAGCUGGCCGCACAGAAGCGGCAGCUGGAGAACAUGGAGGCCAACGUGCGGUCUCAGUACGCCUAUGCUGCACAGAAUCUCCUGGUCCAGCAGCAGAGGGAGAGGGAAGUCCAGCAGGAGAACAACCCCUCCCCAGUCGUCCUGAAGAUUCCCACCAGCAGCUCCGAAAGCGCAGAGCGCCCUCCUUUGGAAAAGAGCGACAAGGCCUCCGCCCUGAAGCUGAGGAUCCCUGUGGCAGGGGGAGGAGGGGACAGACCACUCUCCUCCAAACCAGAGGAGAUCAAAAUGCGCAUCAAGGUGCCGACUGCCUCGGAUCGGCACAGCUCCUCAGACGAGAGCAGCGGGAAGAGCCGGGAGCACAAGGAGAAACACAAGGCCCACUUGUCCAACCACCACCAUCACAAUCAUCACUUGCACAAACACUUGCAUGCGCAGCCCGCAGCUGGGGCCAGCGGCGCUGGGGGCAAGCGACCGGGAGACUCUAAACACAGCAGCCAGCAGAACACCCUGGCCCAUAAAAGCUUCAGCUUGUCUGGGGCCUCUCGGAAGAGGCCUCUCCUGGAAGAGGCGUCGGCUGCUGCACAUGAGCACCAGCCGAAAAUCAGUAAGAGCUCCAAAGCUGCUGGCGUGCAAUUUUCCUUUGCCCAGGUUCCUGGGCACAGCUUGGAGGCAGCUGGCCUCCCCUUCCCCCAGGCUGGCAAAGCCAGGGGGGCCCACGGGAAAUCGGACAAAGGCCCCACUGGGGCUAACGGGCACAACACAAACCAGGCCAUUGACUACCAGGAUACAGUCAACAUGCUUCACUCGCUGCUGAGUGCCCAGGGUAUGCAGCCCACCCAGCCCCCGGCUUUCGACUUCGCCCACUCGUAUGGCGAGUACUUGAAUCCAAGGGCCCCUGGGAGCUCCAGAGCUGCCAACACGGACAAGCCCCGACCGCCCCCACUGCCCUCAGAACCCCCUCCCCCCCUCCCUCCUUUGCCCAAGUAAAGUCCUUUUUACUACUGAAUUUGUAUAGACAUGCCUGGAAUCUGGGCCGCCCCCUGCAGGGGAGGGGCAGGGUGGUCUGACCCCACUGCCUCACAAAACUAUUUUAUUAUUAUUAUUAUUAUUAUUAUUUUUAUUAUUGGUCUUAGAGUUCGGAGUCCUCCAAGCUGUGAAAGGAUAAGAAAUGUCCUUCCUUCUCCUUGCUCUCCCCAUCAGAAUCCCAUGGGGCUGCAGGGGCCUGCCCCCUCUGGGUGUGUGCGGGGAUGCGGGGGUACCUAAAGUGUGUCGCAGAAUCUCUUAAAGACAUUUUUAAAAUAAUUUAAACAGUAAGUGAUAUCUGUUCGUAGUAUUUUGUUCACUUUAAUUUUGUGAAGCUGCAGGUGGUAUAAAGUGCCCUGUGCUGUUGCAGGGGCUGGGGGAGGGAGCUCGUUUGAACGCUGAGUGGUAUAGAGAAGGUGGUCAGGAGCUGACCUGUAAGAAGAGGGCCAUGAAUGGAAGCAGCAUGGUCUGGUGGUGAUGGAGCCAGGGAAUCCCAGCGUGGGGCAUUACCUGGGCUGAGUCACUUCAGUUUCCUCGUUUGUGAAAUAAGGUUGGUGCCGACCACCACCUCCCCCUUGCAAAGGGCUUUACCCACCGGUUGGUAUUGGCUCUGUCCCUCCUUCCUGUGGAGGGGAGGAUCCCUCUGCACCUCAGUAUCACUGGGAGGCAAGGGCAGUUCCCUACCAGAUCAUGCUGGUUCCAUUGAAAAGUCCCCACUGCUGUGACCGGCUCAGUCUGCCGUGUGCCAGUAGUGAGGAGGGUGACUGGAGUGUGGCUGGCUGCUAUGCGAAGGGCCCGCUGAAAUGCGGGUGGGUCUGCAGCCUAGAGUGGCCAGGACCUGGCAUCGCUGUGGGAGCAGCAGCAAGGUGGCAUCAGGGCUCUGGCUCCAGUCUCCUGUGGGGGGAAGCCUGACAGCGGAGCUGAGAUUGGGGAGGGGGGAAGCUGCUGUGACCAGGAGGGUGACGAAACAGAAUUGUGAUUGGGGGUGCUUCAAAGUGAAUUUCAAUCACAUUAUGGAAUGAGAUUCUUCCUAUUUGUUGUUACAAAGAAAAAAUGCUGCAAAAAAGUGAAUUGUUUUGAAAUAGUCCUUUCUAGGGGGCUGGGGUCAAAUGUGACAGGACCAGUCAGGCCAGUGUGUGACUUGAGUUUUCACUGCACAAGGGGCUGGGACCCCCACUUGGGCUGACAUUCCUGCGGGGGUUGGGAAUCUGUCUGCAUCUCCCCCAGCCAUCUGCCUGUGUAUUUCUGCCUGCUCAGUUGCCCAUAGAGACAAGCGGUCAAGUACUUGUAGCUGGCUUGAGUUCUGGGGGCUGUAUUUGGAACUGGAGCCCCCUGAAGGUGGCUGGAAAGAGAUCUAGUCAUUUCUGCCUAAUGCAGAAUCCUCCUUCCGUUUGCCCAGGUCUCUUGGAAUCUGACCGUUUAACAUCCCUGCUGGCUAGCACUGUAGUUCUAAUGCAGAGUAUGUGAGCCAAAGAUGCAGUGCAGACAUCUCCUAGGAUCUGAGACAGGUCGCAGUCUGGGUUUUUAAUGGCAUCCUCUCAAAAUGCACAAGUCCUCUGCAAAGCUUGGGCUGGAUUCUGCUCUUACUCUGGUGUCAAUCUGGGGGAAAUUGCUGAAGUCAAUCCAGACUGACACAAGUUUUACCCAGAGGAGAGUCUGACCCAGUGCAGAUGGCUGAUGUCAAGCAAAAGCACCAAGAUACAGAUUAGGAUCAGCCUACCCCUGUCUCCUGUUCUCCAUGCUGCAUUGUUAGAGCAGUUGAGUUUCUGCUGGCUAGAAAAGUCCAUCCUGCAUCUGUGUGGCAUAGACCGGAGGGCACCACUAGGGGUAGCUCGUGGAGGGGUCCCUAUGGCUGCUUCGCUGUUGUUCUCUCACAGAACUUGGACCCAGCGCUGCUGUGGAAGCAGGGGAGCCCUAGCUAGUUUGGGCCAAGCUUUUUUGUUUCAUUUACUAAUCUCUCCAAGAAGCUGGAGGUUUUCCCUUGUGGCUCAGGUUAUAAUUUUCCAACUUUCCAGUAAACUGUCUUCACACGCUUCUGGGAAACGUCCUCUCCCCUGCAUUGAACUCUGCCUGGCUUUUUAACGUUCUGUUUAACCUGGAACUGCACUGUCCCAGGCCAGGGAGACUGUAUUUCAGUGCAGGGCUGUCAGCAAGUACCAGCCUCAUCUGGUUUUGAGUGCAAAACUUUUAUUCCCCUUUUAUAUAUGUAACACUGAGCCUCCGAGCAGGAAUUUGGUUUUUGCUUAAGCCGCAGCUUUUGUGACACACUAGCUGUCUCUUUAACCAAGCCAUUUAUGAGGCUUUUUUAAAUCACGGACAUAAGCACUUUCUAGCUCUGCCCUUUUGCUAUUGGGGAUUUUUAGCUUACUGUUCAGAUGUAACCUCCUCUGCAGGGGUUGGAUGGAGCGAACCCUUCAUAGGGUUCAACAGACUGGGGUUUCUCUGGGGGGAGGGGAGGGUGUGUCUUGUCAGUUUCUGGAAAACGUUUUUUGAAAUGGCUACAUUUCUUUGAACUUCCAGCUGCAAGCUAGCCCUGGGGCUGAUGCACUGCUCUUAGCUCUCUGCUAUAAAGUACAUCCCAGGGCCAGGCUUCAGGAAUUCUGUUCCCAUUUGGAUCCCUCGGCCCAACUGUCAAAUUUAUCUCCUUCACAACCGGUGUGAGCUUGCGAAUCCUGCAUAAUUUGUGGUAUGUGAGGGGCACAGGCCUUGCCGGUAUUUGUCCUGUAUGGUGGAUUCUAUUUAAAGCAUAGGGCCUGGGUUAAGAUUGUGGGGGACAAAUUCUGGGGGGAAAAUCUUUGUUCUCUAGGUUUCCUUCCCUUUUGUGAUUUAAAAAAAAAAAAAAAGUACAAAAAGGUAAAUUACUUAUAGGGGGGUUUCCUUUUUAAGAUGCAAUGAGUUCAGCUUGAAUCAUGGGGGGAACUUUCUUCUGGCAUCCCUACCCAAAACGCAUCUCACAUCCCAUAUGGAAAAAAGAGCACAAUGCACUGGGUAGAGAAAUCACUAGUGUUUCAGGUACUCUUAAAUGCAUGAAUUCAGUGUCUGCUGUACCAUCUAAAAUUGCCUCUAGGUUUUAUCCAGAAUUCUUGGUGUGUUCAUGGAAUAGAUCAGAGACUCUGACUUCCCCUAUGCUAUGGGACCAACUGGGGUGUGAUGGGACGAGUGGGCAUUAAUGGAUCAGGAAGUGGAAGUAGGAGGCCCUGACUUACUCAUUUGGGAUUCUGUGGUGACCAAACUAAGCUUUGGUCUAAGCUGACUUCUCCUGGCAGUGGAAAGAAUGGCAUGGGUGUCGGUCACUGGAUGGUGGAGGCGAGGCUGCUGUACCUUAAAUACUUGCUAGUUGCUUUUCCUGCAUUGCCCCUUUGUGUGUAAGUUACCUGGCUUCCUCAGCCCCUGCAUGCCAGGCCUGUGCAAAGACAGCUACUCUGCCACUUGCACUGGAUGGGAAAUGUACAACGCUGCUGAAAUUGGCAGACACGUUCCAUGGAUAUUCCAAAUUCAAUUUGUCCCCAUUUUUCUGGAGAAGUUGGGGAGUAAAAUACAGGGUCUGUGAAAUCUCAGCAAUGAGAGAACGAAGCUCUGCCUGAACUUUCCACAGCACAGAGAACCUCCUGCAGUCAUGAAUCUGCUCUUUUUCACACAGACACUAAGGCCAACCUGGAUUGUGAAAAUAGCAGCCCUGCCCCCAUAGCACUCCAACAUGCUUUUCCCUCUGAGGAAGUGAAGGGUCUAAAAUUCUUCAUUCCUUUGUUUGGAGAAGUGAUGGGAGGGAAGGAUGACUGCAGGGGGAGGAAGGGUUAAUUUAAUACUAUUCUGAAGUGUUACAAAUAUUUAAACUUUGGACAUUAUUUUUUAAAAGGAGAGAUGUUUGCUACAGUUCCAUUGUAAACUCAUUUCCCUUUGAGACAUGGCUACACUGUCAGUCUGGGAGGGGCACAACUGGCUUGAACCUUCACUGGUGCGAUGCGAAAGGAACACUUGACAGCAUUCAAAGUAUUGGUGCUUCACAACACCUUUUGACUACUGGCGGUCUGCACAGGGUGAGCUGGUGGUGGUGGUGGGGGGUGAUACAACCGCACCAUUGCGAAGCUUUCUCCUUUCUACGAUUAUAUGGAACUCAGAUUGGAUUCAAACAACCUUUUUUUUUUUUUUUUUUUUUUUAAACCCACAUCAAGCCAAAGAGCCAAAUUAAUGUGUUUUCUGAUCUCUCACUCAGGGUCUGCCUUGUGGUUGCAAACUGACCGAUUUUGGGUUUUUUUCCCUUCCCUUCCACUGCUGCCUGUCUCCUGAUACCUACUGCAUCUCCCCCCGCCCCCCACCCCAUACAGAAUGUGAAGAGUUUCCUCUGCACAAACCAGCAGAAAGCUGGCUAACUAAUUUGGCUAUAGGUGUUUGGGAUCUUGCUGUCAAGUAUGUUUCUCUCUGUAUUUAUCCACAUCAAUAAAAGUUAAAGGCAAAGGAGUCAACGAA